CAGUGAGACAGUUUGCGUGCGUAUUGCCGGAAGCAGUGUCGUCUCGUGUUAACAAUGAGCGGCUGGACAUCUGUUUGAAAAGACCAUGUCUUCUGAAUACGCUACAAUGACGCAUGCCGUUGUCUUCUGUCUGCUGAUACGCUUGGCAACAGCUCAGUCUGGAGGAGCGAUCCCUUCUGAAUUCGCAACUCACAGCGACAGCCCUGACGUUAGCGCCAAAUCAGCAGCCGACUUCAGAGACCACAAGAAGCCAGACUCUCCUGAAUUUCUACUUCAUAACCAGACGGGUGACGAACAGCAAGGACAGGACAAUCCUUAUAGCAACUACAGCAACACUCCGAAAUAUGGAAACAGAGUCUCACAAAAUUCUAUUAGCACAGAUCAUACGUCUGCAUUAAGUAACACAAGGAAAGACAGUGCAGAACGUUUUCGAAGAGAAGCUGCUGAAAUUGAACCGGGGAACGAAACAAUUAACAUAUCGUGGAAGGAACUUGUUAACAAUGACAAGUUAGCAUUAAUUUUAUGGGACGUAACCAACAAACAUGGCGGUUUCAAAUCCAGAGAUGAGUCUGUGAAGAAAUGCCUAGACGAAUUCAGUGACAAGACAAAAGCAAUUGCGCCGUACGUACUGAGCACCACAGUCAGAGAAAAUGAAUAUUUCUUACGUGGGUUCAUUCAUAAGAUAUCGAGAUAUUCUCAUUCACAUAAUCUGAACACUGUCCAAAAUUACUACGAUCAGUUUAGAGAAAUUCUAAAAGAUCAACAAUCGUAUUACACGACACUGAUAGAAGUAAUCGAAAAUAUGGAUCAAGAUAUGAGAUCUACAAUAAUUUGUGCUCAAAGAAGAUUUUGUAGCUGUUUUUCGUCUCAAGAUAUUGUUAGAUACGAGGAACAAUUCUCGUCUCUAUCACAAUAUAACUUUCUCAUGACAGCGUACCUAAUAUGUGGAUAUUAUAUAGAACCAAUAAUCAGGGCUAUCUUUAUUGUAACAGGUCUGAUUUUAAACUGUGCAGUAUUGAUCAUAUUUGCGAAGCACAAGGAUACUAUUAUGCAAAGUGACGUGAUGGUAAUCAACAUUGCAGUGACCGGGAUUUUGAUCCUUAUCAUAUACAUACCAUUUAAUUACAUUCACUUGUAUUAUUCGUCUAUUUUACCACAUGAAGAAUUUUCAGAUAAUGGUAUCUUUACAUCCGUUCAAAGUGCACUGAUUUCAGUCAGUGGGAUGUCACUGUUGAUCCUUAGGGCUCAGUAUCAUAUCGAAAUAUUCCAUCCUUUAUACAGACCAGUUUUCUGUCUGUCUCAGUCCACGAUGUGGCAACGUGUUGUGUGUAUCCUCAGUGUAUGGGUGUGGGCUUUCAGUGUUGCCACUUUGACAUACACGUUUAAUGACCAUCCAAAAAUUGGUUAUCUUUUUACACCGUCCGUAUACAUCGUGUUAUACGGAUUGAUACUUCCUACAGCAAUGAACAGAUUCAAAAUUUAUUCUGAAAAGAAUUCCGUUCCUCCGGAAGAGGAAAAGAUCAUCAAUUCGAAAACAGUCACCCAGCUAUCGAAGAUGUUCUGGGUGACGCAUGUUCCAUUGUUUGUGUGGAUGCUACUAGAAAGACUUUGUGGUUUUGUUCUAAAAUUGGCUAAUAUUAAUUAUGCAUAUGUAGACAUUCUUGUUUGUUAUAUUUAUUUCUCUUACAGCUGUGUGAACACAAUAGCACUAUGUAGAGCAAAUUAUGGCUUCAGGAAAUUGCUGUACAGCCAUGUGUUAAGAUGUUCGUACAAACACAAUGAACAGCAGGACAUAAUGUUAAAUGAAACAGGACACUCGGAUCGUCAGAUGCAGUCAUAAACAUGAUCCUGUGUCACUCCAAGUAAUUGUUUACUGAUUCAUGCAGUCAUGCAUGCGUAUAUUGUGUCUAAGGCAUCUUUGAGGUUGCAUCAUCAUCAAAGAGUGACGCGUUUUAUUACGUCACAAUUAGAAAGUUAUCACAUUUUAUUUCGAACAUACGAUAGCAGCCAAAAUCACUACACUGGAGGUCUCGUUUAACGCAGGGAACUUUUCUUCCGUAAGGCUACCCACUAAAAGUGUGACGUAGAAUUCAAGAUGGUUUAGAAAAACAAUAUUAUUUGCAUACGUGCCUUAGUUCAUUUUCCGACCACCGAUCAUUAAUUACACAUAAUGUUUUUAAACUCAGAAUAGAUAUUAAUCUUCGGGAUUCGGCAAUGAGAACUCAGAAUUCCGGGGAAUUCUCUGGGAUUCCCGAAAUAAAGAGUUACUUCGUAUUUUUCAUAACAUUGUAUUUACGUGUUUUAAAUAUUAAUGAGUGACCACAAUAA